AGUCCAGACAAUUUACACUGAACAGCUUGGAAGCGUCAGAGCUCUACCACAAAUCACACCCCACGCUACUUUCCAUCCCAACAAUGCCGCCGACCCUGGAAGAGGACGACUAUCACGAUACCAUCGUGACCAAGGGCAAAUAUAAUUCCUCUUUUCAUUGGUCGCGGCCGUCCUCUCCAGAAAGCAUGAGCAACGAAACCGUGCUAGAACCGCAAGUCGUCGCAAGCCUCCUUGCGGAAAUCAACACCCCUCAGCACCUAGAGUCUCCAGAGCCCCUUGAUGAAGACGUCUCAUCUUCAAAUCCUCCUGCAGAACGCCCUGAUUCACAGCUCGACCAAGGUUCCUCCCGUCUGCCACGACAACUGCAUCGGCCGAACGUGACGACCAUGGAGGAACGAUUAAUGAUGAUGCCAGAGAAGCGUCCGCUCCCCUGGAGGGAUGGCGUUGAGCCAGGUGCAGACAAUGAAACGGGUGGAGAGUCAAGGCGUAAACAAAUUCGAUUUGGAUGUUUACUAGCCACGCGUGGAGACAUACAAGAGGUUCCUUGCAACAGCUGUGCCAAUGGGCGAGGGAAGUUCAAGGUCUGCGUCGCGUUAGAUGGUUAUUUCAAGGGAGCGUGUGCCAGUUGUCAGUUGAGUGGGCGGCCGAAUCGGUGCAGUAUCAAAAAGAACGAUGGAGACGAAGCUCUCAAUACGCCCGGCGGCGAAGGCUCGUCAAGAACUCACAGCCAACCACAGAUAUCUAGCGAAGGGCCUCAAUCCAAACGCCGACGAGUAACAGAUCCAAUGCCUGAAUGGGAGAGCGCACGACCUCAAUGGGAGCAGGAAUUGGGAGACCCGCAGGCAAGGCAACACAUGAACGAGAUAGUACAGCGGCCUUGGACGACCGUUAAUUUUCCAGCAACGAUACCAAUCCCAGCUUCGCAGGCGAUGAACGACAUGAACAGUCCUGGUACGGUUCCACCAAGACCUAUUGAACAACGCUGGGCAACAGUAAAUCAACCAACGCCGUUACCAGGCCCCCAAACCUAUGAGAGAGCAGCCAGCACGGCGGGCAGUUUCCGGAAUCUAGAGCAGGCCAAGCGGGAGGAGACAGUCAUUAAUGAGGAAGGCUCAACAGCUCUGAUCGAUACAUUACCCAAAAGUAAACAGAGACAGGUUUAUGGGCUGGUGUCGGGAUUGCAAGGGGGCAUUGAGCAUUUACAACGAGAACUGGAUUCUCUAAAAAGGGCAUUGGGCAUUGAUGAAGAAGGUUAAUGGGAAGGUGGACGCCAAAUAAUCCUAAUUUGUAGUUCUAGAACAGACUCUACCUGUCAAUGUUCUCCUAAUAAUUAUAAUUAAAAUAAAAUAUAAUUUCCAGG